AAAACAUUCAUUUAUCGAAAAUAUAAUAUCAAUAAUUCGAAUGAAAAAAAAACGAAUUAAAUAAACAAAAAACUGAAUUCAUACAUGACAAACAGCCUUCAUCAUCAUCCAAUGUGAUCAUUGAAUUUUUUUUUUCUUUCUAAAACUAAAUUUUUUCUUAUGAAUUCUGUUUGUGUUUGUCGAUAUAAAGAGCAUCAACAAUAACGAAUUUUUAUUCUUCCAAACGAUCAAAUAACUAUACAUCCACAAUAUUAAUUUUGUCUGCAUUUUUACGUAAUAAGUAGACAAAUAUAUCAUCAUUAUUAUUACUGUGUGUGUGUUUAAUAUUUGGACGUGAUCAAUUUGAUAUUUUUCCAUUAUACAACAAGUUUGUCCUGUUUGCUUUAUUGGAUAUAUCUUUAUUUCAUUUCAUUUUUUUUUUCAUUAUAUCCACAUAUAGAUUUCAAAAAUAUAUACAUUUCACAUCAGCUGAAAUCAUUUACCAAUCAUAAUCAUCAUUAUUAUUUGCGACUUUUUCUAUUUGAUUUGCAAUGAAAAAACUAGGUGUGUGUGUGUGUGUGUGUGUUAUUGUCACUUAUAAGUGAUAUUAAUGAUGAAUUGGUUGUGUAUACUGUAUAUGUAUGAAAUUAAAAGAUAUUAUAUUAUGCAAAGUGAUCCAUCAUCAUCAUCCGUAAUACGUAUACAUACGGUCCCUUGUUGAAUUCAUCAAUGUUUACGUAUGUCUAUUCAAGAUCUAUUUUUAUUUUGUAGAGAAAAUUGUGUUUCCACAGAAAUUCUUCAUAACAACCAAAAUAAUAAUGAUGAUGAUGAUAUCAUUUUUACGAUGGACAAAUAGCCAUACUGUGGCAUAUAAUUGGUGCUGGUACUGGUGGUAUAAUUGUAAUAUAUGGCUAUCGUGGUUAUUUAUUAAUAUUAUCAUUAUAUUCAUACCUACAAUAACCCAACAAGCUUCAUUACAGCAACAUAUUCAACAUAAUAUUGAUAAUGUUAAUGAACAACGUGUGCCUCAACAACAACAGCAACAACAUCAUUCUUAUCAUCAACAUCAUCAUCCAUCAUCAAAAUCAAUAUUAUCAUUUGAUCAUAAUUUUGCCAUCAAUGUUCGUAAUGAUGGUGGUGAAGUGUUUCGUGAAUUAAUUACAUCAAAUAUAAUCAAUGAUUAUAUACAGAUACAAUUUGAAGAGACGGAUGGUUCACAUAUAAAACAAGUGUUGGAUUUUAAAAAUAAUAUACAAUUGUUUCGUAUAGCACGGCUUGGUGAACAAGAUCUACAUGAACAAAAGGUCCAAUUAUUCUGUUUUAUAACCAGAUUAUCACCAUUAAAAACGAUACAUUCGAUGUCGAUGAAUACUGAUGCCGAUGCUACUAAUGAUGAUGAUGAUCAUCAUAAUAUUCCACAACAGCAACAACGACGGCCAAACGGUGCAGGUGAAGAUGAUGAUAUUGAUGAUCAACAUCAUCAUAAUGUUGAUUCCAGUAUCGAUGACGAUAAUGAUGGUAAUGACGAUGAUGAUUAUGAUGAUGAUGGCCAUAUGGAUGCUGGUUUUGUAUCACCACAGCUUAUGUCACGCCUUUCACAGAAAAAUCCUUCAGCCAUACGUUAUGCGGAUGAAGAUCGUGGCCAACAAUCAUAUCAUAUGGAUUUAGAGAUUAUAAUCGAUAAUGACCGUAAUAAUAAUAAUAAUAAUGAUGGUGGUGGUGGUGAUAUUUUUCGUCAACGAUCGCCAUCAUCAAUAACGAUAAUAUCACCACAUAUUCGGGAUAAUUGUGUAGCAAAUAACGAUAAUAAUGAGGAUAAUGAUUGGUCACAAUAUAAUCAUCGAAUUUAUGCCAGUUAUGAUGAUCUUCGUCAUUGGACCGAUGGACAUCGAACAUUUGCAAACAUUUCGAAUGCAAUCAAAAAGUUGAAUUAUUCGAAUACCGACAAUGAUGGAAUUCAACAGAAUCGGAAUUUACAACAAGCUAAUACUAAUGGUCAAAAAUCUCGCUCUCAAUUAUCUUCAAAGCAGACCAAUUCAACUGAUGAUGAACAUGAACAGCAAUUGGAAAAGAAAUUCAGACUUGUUGUCAAUCAGGAAAGGAUGCGUUGUGGUCAAAUUAUAUCAAACUGGAUGUUGAAUGGUGACCAAACUGAAUCAUCUUUGAAUCAAUCGUCCUCUAAUAAACAUGGCCUUUUAUCAUCGAUUAUGAUGAUGAAAUCAAUGUUUAAUAAUCAUCGUCAUCGACAACAACCAUGUCAUUGUUCAUUGAACAUAUUCAUACCAUGGUAUGUUUGUGGUGUUCGAUAUUGUCCUAUUCAACAGCCAGAACAAUCGGAUCCACAACAGCAACAACAACAGUCACAAAAUAUGCAACGAUAUCGUUGUGGCGUACGCACAUGUCGUAAACGUUAUCAAUUCAGUUUUGCUGUACCUAAUCACAUACAUUGUCUUUCGGAUUUUGAUCCAACAACCUCAACAGAUACGAUGGAUGCAUUCGAUACUAUCAUCAAUGGUGGUAAUGAAAUGAAAACAAUCGAUUCGGAUCGAUCAUCAUCACUGUUUGUAAAGAAUGAACAGAAUCGACUGAUCUAGAUCUAAAUGAUAAUCUAAAAACCAAUUGAAAUUCCAAGUUCUUCCAUGUUUUUUUUUCUUCAUUAUCUUUGUAUAAUUGUAUAUUGUUUGAAGAAAUUUGUAUUUAUUAUUAUUACAAUCAUUUUUGCCAAAGCGAUAAAAUAUAAAAUAAAAAUAAAAUAAAAUUA